UUUUAUUAUUUUUUUUCCUUCCCACUCUCUCAUGAGUCCCAAAAAGGAAGAUGGAAAGACAGUGUGUGGAAAUUGAGCUAAGGUGAAGGCUGAAGAAAGUAACUUCAGUUUUGGAGUCUGUUUUCCAAGUGCUGUAAAUCCCCUAUUUCGUCCAAUAUAACACAUUGUUCUGAAUAAAUUAUAUCAUUUUGUGAUCAGUGGAGUUUUUGUCAGCUGUAGAAGUGGAAUUCAACCUGAUUGAAAGCUCUUUAAAAAAAAGUAAAUGUGCGACUCCAGUUCCUUUUUUCAAGUGAAGUUUUUCAAGUUACCAAGAGAGGGUGUUUUGAUCUCUUACUGUGCAUUGUCACAACCUCUGUUUUAUAUGCAUAUCUUAGAGAUUUUACUUCUUCCCUAAUUUUAGUAUUUAUGCUGUAGUGUUGUGUUUGAGGGAAGUGUGAACAGACAAAACACCUGAGAUUUAAUUUUUUGAGAGCAUUGUUAUUUCAGUGUUGUAGCUCAGAUGACAAAUAAUCUGAGUAUCUGUUGGCAUGCACAGUACACACUCUUUUCUGCUAAAAAUACGCCUUAAGAUGUUUGGUUUUGUACUUCACUGGAUCAGAGUGUAAUAUCUGUACAUUGUGUUUUGUUAGGAAAUGCAUGCCUGGGGAAGAGGUACUGCCUAAUGGAUCAUGGCUCUGAUGUUCACGGGGCAUACUUUACUUCUGGCAUUAACGAUGUUUGCUGUCUUCACUUUUGAAGAAUCUGUAAGCAAUUACUCUGAUUGGGUGACUUUUGUAGAAAAUAUAGAUCAAUAUGAAAAACAGCAACAUGAAGGUCUCAGAGCUGAGCAGAAGCCGAAAAAAGCAGUUCUUCAUCCAAGCUUGUAUUUUGAUGCUGAAGAUGUUCAGGCACUGAGGCAGAAGGCUCAUACAAGCCAUUCACAUCUGUUUAGAGCCAUCAGAAGUGCAGUGAUAGCUAUGCUGUCUAACCCAUUAUACUACCUACCUCCACCCAAGCACGCCGAUUUUGCUGCAAAGUGGAAUGAGAUUUAUGGUAACAAUCUGCCACCUCUAGCAUUUUAUUGUUUGCUGUGCCCUGAAGAUAAAGCUGCAUUUGAUUUUGCCCUAGAAUAUAUGGAUAGAAUGGCUGGCUACAAAAACUGGUUGGUUGAGAAUGCACCUGGAGAUGAAGUGCCACUUGGUCACUCCCUAACAGGAUUUGCCACUGCUUUUGACUUCUUGUAUAAUUCACUGGAAAAUGAGAGAAGGGAAAAAUACCUGGAGAAGAUAUGGUCCAUAAGCAAGGAAAUGUAUGAGUACUCAAAGGUUCGUUCCUGGGGAAAGCAGCUUCUCCAUAACCACCAAGCAACUAAUAUGCUUGCUUUGCUUAUUGGGGCUUUAGUUGCAGGGGUGGACAAAGGAUCUCAGGCAAAUAUUUGGAAACAUGCUGUUGUUGAUGUGAUGGAGAAAACAAUGUUUCUGCUCAAUCAUGUUGUAGAUGGGUCUCUGGAUGAGGGCGUAGCUUAUGGGAGUUACACAGCCAAGUCGGUAACCCAGUAUGUUUUCCUGGCUCAGCGACACUUUGGUAUUAACAACUUGGAGAAUAACUGGCUCAAGAUGCACUUUUGGUUUUACUAUGCUACCUUAUUACCAGGCUUUCAGAGGACUGUGGGUAUAGCAGAUUCUAAUUACAACUGGUUUUAUGGUCCUGAGAGCCAGCUGGUUUUCCUGGAUAAGUUUGUCUUGAAGAAUGGAGCUGGCAACUGGCUGGCACAGCAGAUUAGAAAACACAGACCCAAGGAUGGGCCGAUGGUUCCAUCCACUGCACAGAGGUGGAGCACGCUACACACUGAAUUUAUAUGGUAUGCUGCUGAAAUCACUCCUCAGCCACCUCCUGGCUAUGGUAGUGCUAAAAUGCAUUUGUUUCCUAACUGGGGAGUUGUUACUUAUGGGGCUGGGUUGCCAAACAGUCAGGCAAACACCUUUGUGUCCUUUAAGUCUGGAAAGCUUGGUGGACGUGCUGUCUAUGACAUUGUUCACUUUCAACCGUAUACGUGGAUUGAUGGGUGGAGAAGUUUCAAUCCAGGACAUGAACAUCCUGAUCAGAACUCUUUCACUUUUGCUCCCAAUGGACAGGUGUUUGUAUCUGAGGCUCUUUACGGACCUAAACUCAGCCACUUGAACAAUGUCUUGGUCUUUGCACCAUCUCCUACAAGCCAGUGCAACCAGCCUUGGGAAGGACAGCUUGGUGAGUGUGCCCAGUGGCUGAAGUGGAUUGGUGAUGAGGUUGGAGACUCAACUGGAGAAAUCAUAACAGCCUCUCAGGCUGGAGACAUGAUGUUUGUGAGUGGUGAGGCAGUAUCUGCUUACACAUCAGCAAUGAAAUUGAAAAGUGUGUAUCGUGUUUUGCUGCUCUUGAAUUCUCAGACAUUGUUAGUAGUAGACAAUAUUGAGAAGGAGGAAGACUCUCCUGUCAAUUCUGUCAGUGCCUUUUUUCAUAAUCUGGACAUAGAUUUUAAAUACAUACCCUAUAAAUUUAAGAACAAAUACAAUGGAGCUAUGAUGGAUGUGUGGGAUGCCCACUACAAGAUGUUUUGGUUUGAUCAUCAUGGGAGUAGUCCUGUUGCUAGGAUACAGGAGGCAGAACAAGCUGCUGAAUUCAAAAAGCGAUGGACUCAGUUUGUAAAUGUUACCUUUCCAAUGAAAAACACACUUACAAGGAUUGUUUACCUUUUCUAUGGCCCUUAUGUCAAUGUUUCUAACUGUAGACUCAUAGAUAAUGCGAAACCUGGAUUUCAGAUUUCACUCAGUGUCAACAAUACUGAAAAUACUAUCUCUGUUGUGACUGAAUAUCAGAAUUUAAGGACAAGGUUCGAUUACUUGGGAUUUGGUGGUUUUGCCAAAGUAGUUCGUGAAAACAAAGUGACCAAGUUUGGUCUAGGUACUGAAUCUUUGAAAAAACAGAUAAAAAAUAAUAGGGCAGUUUUCCCAUUUGGAUUCAAAGUGAACAUAAUUGCAGGGUUAAUUCUGGGUGUUAGUUUGGUCAUACUGGCUUUUCAGUGGCGAUUUUACAUAUCCUUUGGUAAAAUGUUGCGUUGGAUCCUGAUACUGGUUGUCACACUAUGGCUUAUUGAAUUGGUGGAUGUGUGGAGCAUGUGCACUCAGCCCAUCUGUGCAAAAUGGACCAGUGGCAUAACAAAGCUAGAACAUGAUGAAGGCAAUAAAGCCAAACAGUUAGAAGGAAACCCUAUUGCUUUGCCAGAUGUUAUCAUUACUUCACUUCCUGCUUCUGGUGCAGAAAUUUUAAAACAGCUGUUUUUCAAUAGCAGUGACUUCUUAUACAUCAGGGUACCUACACCCUAUCUCGAAAUUCCUGAGACUGAAUUUGAAAUUGAUUCCUUUGUAGAUCCAUGUGAAUGGAAGGUUUCUGAUGUCCAAAAUGGUCAUUUUCAUCUGAUCCAAGGGUGGCUCCAGUCUUUAGUUCGAGGCACAAAGUUACAUUUACAAAACAUUCAUUUAUACGAAGCCAGCAGAAGUAAAAUUGCUCAGCAUUUUGCCAUAAACAAAGACAAAAAGAAAAGAUCAAAAAAGAGAGAAUCUCUGUCAGAGCAAAGAAGCAGGGCAAGAGGGAGUCAAGAUAAAGAUGCUGAAUAUAUUAGGGAACUGAGAAGGCAUCUCUCCUAUUAUCCUGAUGCACGACCUGUGCUUAGUUUAAGUAGUGGAAGCUGGACAUUAAAGCUUCCCUUCUUUCAGGAAAUCCUAGGACCAUCAAUGAGAGCAUUAUAUGUUGUGAGGGACCCGCGGGCGUGGAUCUAUUCAAUGUUGUACAAAAAUAAGCCAAACCUUUACUCUUUGAAAAAUGUUCCACAGCACUUGGCUGCAAUGUUUAAAGGGGAGCAUGGUAAAGGAAAGUGUAGUUUAAAUGAAGGCUAUGCCUUUGAGUAUGAAUCGUUAAGAAAAGAACUUUCAAAUUCUAAUUCAAAUGCAGUGUCUGUGUUGUCUUAUUUAUGGUUAGCAAAUACAGCAGCAGCACUGAGAAUAAAUGGGGUCUUGCUGCCAACAAAUUAUCAGCUAGUCAAGUUUGAAGAUAUUGUGAGCUUUCCUCAGAAGACGGCUGAAACAAUUUUUGCCUUUCUUGGUAUUCCUCUUCCUCCUGCUAGGUUAAACCAAAUAUUAUUUGCCACCUCCACCAAUCUUUUCUAUCUUCCUUAUGAAGGGGAAAUUUCAUCAAGUAGCAUUCAUUCCUGGAAACAAAACAUGCCCAAUGAAGAGAUUAGACGGAUUGAAGAUAUCUGUUAUUCUCUAAUGGAUCACUUAGGAUACCCAAAGUUUAUAGAAUAAAUGCUGCCGGUCAGCAGAAAUUUGCACUAAUGAUCUCUGACUCCUAAUUUGUGGAUAAAUAUUAGAAAAGUUUGUUUAUUCUUGUAAAAUGUGUACAGUCUGCUACUUUCAGAGAGAUUAUUUUAAGAAAACGAUAGUUGUUCUUGCAGUUGUGGUUUUUUUUGGUUUAUUUUGGUUGGGGCGGGGGGGAAUACAACAAAAACUUGUAAGUACUUCUGCUGCCUUUCAAAAAAAGCUGUGUGAACAUUUGUAGAACUACCAGCUGGGAACUCUAUAGCUCAGGGGAUUAGUAAUAGAAUAUGGAACUUUUCACCUCCAGCUCACCAGUUAGACCAAGUGGUUAGCUCCUGAAAGUACUUACCAUCUAAUUAUUGUAUGAUGGCUUAUAUGAAAUUAAACUGGCUAACCUGGCCCAGUUCCCAAAGGUGGUAAUUAGCCCCCUGGACAGGUUUGCUAGUGCA